AUGAUUCAUCGAAAAAUGUUUUGAAUUUUUGAAUAAAUCACGAGUUUUGCAGGAAACGAGCUGGUACAGGCGGAGCUCACAAAAACCGUGAAGAUCUUGUUUUUCCAAUCGAUGACGAUGAACUUGAAGGCGCUGAAUAUCAGCCAGUUUUUGUGCGUUGCACUUGUAUGAAUUCAGAACAAUGUGUACCAAAUCGAAAUCCUCUCGAAACCCAAGCAUCAAUUUGUAUGUGUUUCGAAGAUGUGACACAUGGACAUAUUUGGCCGUGUUAUCCAACUUCUGUUUGGAAUGUAAAGAAUUGCACGGGAUGUUCGACGAUAUCAAAUACUUGUCCAGAUCCAGAUGGUCCAAGAGAAGAUCGGAAAAAUUUAAAGGUUUGGAAGAAAGAGCAGAAUAUUCCUGGAGUAACAUGUUUGUGUCAAUCAAUUUCACAUCAUUGUAUGGUUCAUCCAAAAGAAGAAAUUAGAUGGUGGGAUCCGAAUAAUUAUACUGUUUAUGCUGUAACUGAUCCACCUGUUGUUGAAAUUACAGAAACUGAAAAAGCAUUUGGAUUAGAGGUAGGUUUUGAGCAAGUUUGCUCACAUUCUAAAUUUUUUCAAAAUAAUUUUGCAGGAUCUCAAAGGCGCUGGUGCUAUUACAACUCGAACUAAAGAGAAUCUAAUUUUCCUCGUCGCUGCUCUUCCAAAAGAAACUCGUCGAAAUCUUUCAUAUUCUCUCAAUGAAUUCGUUCUUCGAUGUUCUUUCAAUUCAAAAGAUUGUGAUAUGCAAAGUGAUUUUCGACUUCAUAUCGAUCCAGAAUAUGGAAAUUGUUAUACAUUCAAUUUUAAUUAUAGUAUGGAAUUGAAAAAUACUCGAGCUGGUCCAAUGUAUGGAUUGAGAUUGUUAUUAGAUGUUCAUCAAGAUGAUUAUAUGCCAACAACUGAAUCUGCGGGUGUUCGAAUUGUUGUGCAUGAACAAAAUAAAGAGCCGUUUCCGGAUACUUUUGGAUAUUCGGCUCCGACUGGAUUUGUGUCAAGUUUUGGAUUGAAAACUAAAGAAUUACAUCGAUUGAGUGCGCCUUGGGGAAAUUGUAGCGAUGAUUUCAGGCCGGAAUCUUAUAUUUAUGAAGACAGAUAUUCGCCAGAGGUUUGUCAAAGUUUUAUAUGAGAAAAAUAUUAACUUGCGAAGUUUUUUUCUGAAAUUAAAAAACAACUCUGAAAUUUCUAGAAUUUUUGUUAAAUUUUAAGGGAAGAUUUCUCGAAAUCAACUUUUAAAAUGUUUUUUUUUCGAAAUUACAGAAUAAUAUUGAAAUUUUGAAAUUCUGAGUUCAUCAAAACCACAUUAUUCCAGGGUUGCCAUCGAAAUUGUUUCCAAAACACGGCUCUCAAAAUCUGUGGCUGCGGCGAUCCUCGUUUCCCCCUCCCAUCUGAAAAUACCCGACAUUGCAAAGCUGGAAGUGUUCGAGAUCGAGAAUGUCUUUGGAAUGUCACUUCUGAAACUGGUGAAUUUCACAGUCUUUUGGAUCGUUGUGUUUGUCGACAACAUUGUAAAGAAAGACAAUUCGAAACUGCAUAUUCGGCUUCCGCGUGGCCAAGUCAAAAUUUCCGAAUUGGAGAUGAUUGUCCAGCAGUGGCGGAUAUUUUUAAUGAUUCUGAAGCAUGUACGGAAUAUUAUAGAAAGAAUACAGCAUAUAUUGAAAUUUAUUAUGAGCAAUUGAAUUAUGAAUUGUUGAAAGAGACUGCCGGAUAUACGGUAAGUCUGGAAGUUUUGAAAAAAAAAUAUCCUAAUUUUUUACUUGGAAAUUUUCAUUGAGAAAAAUUUAGCUUCUAGAAAAUUCCGGAAAAAAUGUUUUUUUUUCAACUUCAAAAAAAAAACAUUCUAAAAUUUAAAUUUUUACACCACUCAUCAAAAAUUUUGGCAUUUUUGCUCCAUGAAAUCCAUUAUUUUUUUGCAGUUGGUCAAUUUGUUUUCCGAUUUCGGUGGUAACAUUGGUCUUUGGAUUGGUUUCUCUGUCAUCACUUUUCUCGAAUUUGCCGAAUUAUUAUGCGAGGUUUGAACUUUGGUUUUGUGAUUUGAAAUUCAUAGAUUACUAGAGUACGAAACUGGUUGUGACAUCAAAUAAGCUACUAGGCUAUAAUUGGAUUACUGUUGUAAAAAAAUCUGGAAAAAUUGAUUUAUUCAAAGUUGUUCGUGUUUUUGUCAGAAAUACGUGAUUUUUUGGUAUUUUUAGAAAAUGUAAAUUUUUCAAACACAAUUCACGUGGCAAAAUUUAAUUUUCAUUUUCAGAUUGGUUAUUAUCUUCUCUACAUCAAACCAAUGCGUUUCCGCCGCAAAAUUGUACGACGAAAAAAAGAGCAACACGCGGCUCGUUCGAUUCCAUCUCUUUUGAAUCGACACUUAUAUCAUCGAUCUCCAAGAUCAAUUUCACAUCAUCAAUAUUUGAAUGAAGAUGAUGAUUCAACAACUGAUAAUACUAUGAUUAAGCCAUUACCAAGAGAUUAG